AUGACCGGCGAAGUUGGAUGCUUUGCUGAGAAAGAUGAUAAGGAAGCAUUCGCAUUGGUCCCCGUACCAGCUCAAGAGGUCAGAGACCUAGAUUUCGCCACGGAUGCCAGCAAGGAAUUAAGUAGGUACGCCCUCGAACUCGAGACCUCGGCCAAUAGGAUGUUUAUAAACCUGACGACAAACUUACUAACUGAAAUCCUCUACUUUGUGGCUUACCAAGACAAUAACGGUGGCGACCCUUUCGAGGUUGAGACGCCUGGUUCCAAUAGGGAAAGACCGAAGUUGUUAAGGGAACAAUUUGUGUUGAAACAAGUGUUGGGGACAUUUCAAUUCACGCUGUGA